ACCCUAUGUUUUAUCAAUGGUUUAUCCUUGAUUCAUCAUGAUUUAACAUAAUACAACUACUAAUUAAAUGGUUAUUUUGCUAAUAGAUGCUUGAAGCUGGGUACUCUCCAAAACAAGCACCUCAUUAGUUACAGCCACUGUGCUUGAACAGAUAAAGUGUCCCUAGGGCUUGCAGGGGUGCAUUGAGAGCAACAGCUUCAUCUAGGCCCUAGGGACUUGAACAGACUUGUUCCUCUCCUGCGUGUUGUCAAGGAGACAGCUGGUUGAUCCAUGAUCACUGAUGGUUCAUAUUUACAUACCCCAUGUGGGGGAAGGAGGGAUACACUAGCAGGGCUGGCCUGGCCAUCUGUCAUUUUGGGAAAUGCCAGAUGGGCUGGUUCAUUUUUAGCCCAGUGGGCCUGUCUAACUCAGGUUUUUUGUGCAAAAUUAUAAAUUUUUGGCUAAUAAUGUGGGCCUCAGAGAAAAUAUGGCCUGGUGUAGGGGCCUUGAGGAAAAGGUGGGCCAGUGUGGGAACCUCAAGGAAAAGAAGGGGCAGGUGUGUUAGAAAUGUCAGGGCUGAUUUCUGGUCCCAGUCUGUCCCUGUACACUAACCUAUAUUGACAGUCCUUAAUGAUUUCUGGUCUCAGUCUGCCCCUGUACACUAGCCUACAGUAUUUUCACAGUCCUUAGUGAUUUCUGGUUCCAGUCCGCCCCUUUACACUAGCCUAUAUUCACACUCCUUAAUUACUUGGCUAAUAAUGGGGGCCUCAAGGAAAAAAUGGCCUGGUGUAGGGGCCUCGAGGAAAAAAAUGGACCGGUGUAGGGGCCUUGAGGAAAAAAAUGGCCAGUGUGGGAGCCUCAAGGAAAAGAAGGGGCAGGUGUGCUAGAAAUGUCAGGGCUGAUUUCUGGUCCCAGUCUGUCCCUGUACACUAACCUAUAUUCACAGUCCUUAGUGAUUGCUGGUCCCAGUCCGCCCCUCUACACUAGCCUAUAUUCACAGUCCUUAGUUACCCUCUACUCGCUUGUUCCUAACAGGAAAGGCUUCUGUGGUCAAAUUUAUGUGGCCUGUUCGAUUUCACUGUCAGUUAAAAUCAGGCCAAUAAAAGCUCUCCAUUCUCUGAGGCCUAUAGAGCCAUUGCACUUUUGUUGCAGUGGUCACUUUCUGCAUGCCACAGGCAGCCCAGGUCUCUCUACGACACAACUUAUUUUCAACCUCUGGUUUGCCCAGCAAUGAGUUACCUCACGUCAAUCGAUAGGAAGACCAACUUGCGUGGUCCAACUGGUCUUACCUGCGUAGUUGUCUUUCUUUUGUAAAUGGCAUUACAUUUUAAUGGAGACAAACAGCCCUUUUAGUGAUGUGGCAUUUUGUAGAGAUGGUUGCAAGUGCUGGUGCUUGAGCACUCAUUCUGGUGUGUGUGUGGCAUCCCCACCCCAGAUGGAGAUGUCUGGGGUUCCGGCGGGGGUGACACGGAGGACUGGGACAGUGAAGAGGACGAUGUGGGGGGGCCUGAGGCAGCAGUGGAAGCUACUGGGCCUGUUUGAGAUUGACCAGCAGCACGAGUUCUACAGCCUCACCUCUAUGAUGAAGGAAGGUCUCUCUGCAGCCGUGCAGACCACCAUCGACAACCCACCACCGGAUGAAUUGUCAGAAGAUGAUUACAGAUUGGAAGUCACUCAAAUACAUAAGGACUUUAAAAUGGAGACAUUUGCAGGGCCAGUGUUUGCCAGCUUGCGUCGCUCCCUGGGAAUGACAGAAAAGGAGUAUCAGCAUUCUCUCUCCUUCGAUGGCUCAUACCUGCAGUUCAUCAGCAACUCCAAAAGCAAGGCUGACUUCUUUCUGACGAACGAUAAGUGUUUUUUCCUGAAGACCCAGAAUAAGAGAGAGGUGAAAUUCCUCUUGUCCAAUCUGAGAAUCUACAUGGAGCACCUAGAGAAGUAUCCCCAUUCACUGCUGGUCAAGUUCUUAGGUGUCCACAGGAUAAACAUUUCCCAUAGGAGGAAGAAGUACUUUAUUGUAAUGCAGAGUGUUUUUUAUCCUGACGAUCGAAUAAAUGCCAGGUAUGACAUCAAGGGUUGUGAGGUGAGCCGGUGGACAGACCCCGCCCCUGAGGGUAGCCAGGUUAUUGUUGUCCUCAAGGACUUGAACUUCCAGGGCCAGUAUAUCACUCUGGACCAGCAGCGGCCGUGGCUGCUCCGGCAGGUGGAGAUUGACACGUCGUUCUUGCAGAGACUCAACGUGCUGGACUACAGCCUCCUGGUGGGCCAUCAGCCCCUGCACCAGGACGAACGCCACCAGGGCCUUUCUUUUGCCAACCUUAUCAUGCGCACAAAAAAGUCAGUGAUCACUGGCUCAAGCCCCACCCAUGCGGGCAUGCCCACUGUUCCAGGGGUGGUCCCAGAGGAAGACUCCAUCCUGUCGGUGUCAGAGAUGGAUGGCGGGACAGGAAGUGGCAGCGUUGCCGAAUCAAGGGGAGGAAGUGACCCGGGCAGUGCCCUUUCCGGGAGAACCUGUACUGAGCAGCCGGCCGGGUCGGUCACAGAUUCGAUGGUGCUCAGGGACUUCCAGGCCCAGAACCGCCGGCUGCUGCCCAACUUCAAGAACCCGCUACACGUCAUUGACGGACCGGAGCAUCGCUACUUUGUGGGCAUCAUUGACAUCUUCACUGUCUACAGCUUCAAGAAGAGGCUGGAGCAUUGGUGGAAGAGACUGCGGCACCCAGGGCAGGCCUUCUCCACCGUCAGCCCCACCUCUUACUGCCUUAGACUCUGCCAGUGGGUACAGGACCACACCGAGUAGACUCAGAAAAAGAGGAGGAUGAGGAUGGUUAGUCCCAGUAGCAGAUUCUCUGCCCAAGAACAAACGUUUGCAUGCACACAACUUGGACACUGACCAGAGACAUGAAGCUAUGCUUUUAAAGCGCUAUAAUUUCAGAUUGAUCAAGGAGCAGUUACUUUCAUGUUUCUACAUCUCCAGACCAAAGCUAAAACAAAUAUAAACCAUUAUAUACAAAUAUAAUAUUCACCAUCGCAAAUUCAUGGGUUUCCUUUUCAUAUUAUUUGUUAAGUAAACAAAGAAAAAGGUGCGACAUUUAUAAUCAAGUACUAUGAAUUAAUUAGCUGAUUCUCCAAAGUAUAAUCGUUUUUAAUUGUUGAAGUUCAAUUAUCAAGUGAAUGCUGAAAACCAAAAUAAUUGUACAAAUUUGCCACCUCAUAUGGAUUUAUUUUUACAAUUGUACUUUGAAGUGUUUAUACCUGUGCAAUUUUGUUGUAUUUUUAAAAGCUGUGUUUUCACUGUUCAACUGACCAAGUGAAUAUACUCUCCCGAUAUAUGAUUGUGCAGUGUGUGUGUGUGUGUGUGUGUGUGUGUGUGUGUG